AAGACAGCUAAACAAGUGAAAACAGAACAUCUAAAUCAAUGUACAGACAGAGAAAAGCCACCAAACACACGGUUUAAAACCCCGCUCACCCGGCGCGGAAACUAAAUCGAGCGUACCGUUCUGUCUGGGCUUGGUCUGUGGUUCGUUCCGUUUCCGCCCUGUCAUCCUGGCUUUUCUCCGGUCCUCGGGGCCCAAUUCCAGAAGAGGACAGCUACACAAGUGAAAACUGUUUAUUAGCUAAACUGACUACAGUCUAUUAGCUCAAAUCUUAUGUAAAUCACAGCGCCAGAUCGGUGUACCGCGGAGACAAAGAGAGGAGGAGGGGCGGGGUUUCAGGAGUUUUACAUGAGACGAGAUAUUGCUUCCUAGUUAAGCUUACUGGUGUGUGUGUGUGUGUGUGUAGAUGUGUGACAGCGGUGUGUGUGAAGACAAGCCCCCCGCUCCCCCUGUCAGAAUGAACAGCCAAGGAGGCGGAGCCAAGGACUCCGUGUCGGGCAACUACAACUCUCGGUCCCUCCCCUCUGUUCCUGAGGAGAAACAGAAACGAAAUAAAAUCAUCUCCAUGUUCGCCUCCGAGAAAGGAGGCAGGAAGAAGGAUCGUGAUAAGGACAACAGACCAGAGAUCUCCUCUCCGUCAGACUUUGAACACACCAUCCAUGUGGGCUUCGACGCCGUCACAGGAGAGUUCACAGGCAUGCCGGAGCAGUGGUCCAACCUGCUCCAGACGUCUAACAUCAGUAAAUCAGAGCAGAAGCAGAAUCCUCAGGCUGUUCUGGACAUUCUCAAGUUCUAUGACUCCUCCACCGCAAAACAGAAAUACCUCUCCUUCUCAGCACAAGGUGCACCUGUGUAA